UCAUUAUUUCUCCCAUCUAUUUAUAUAACUGCUAUUUGUUAAACAUAGCAAAUUUGGUUAACUCCCCUUCUUCCUCUCCUCCUUUAAUUUCCUUUAUCCAUCUUCUUAUGGUUUAGGACGUUAUUGAUCUGAUUCCACUUUCCAUUUGCCUCAUCUUCAGAUUUUUUUUUUUCUUUCCUUUGUUUACAUUCUAGGGUUUUAACCUUAUUUUUCUUGUGUAAAUUCAGAUUUGUUUUCUUUUGUAGAAAUUAAUUUCCCCUUGAGAUUAAUCUUCUUUUUUUUAUUAGAUAAUAUAGAAAUUCUCUUCAAAUGGCACAACUCCCUCCUAAAAUCCCUAACAUGACACCACAUUGGCCUGAUUUUUCUUCCCAAAAGCUCUCCACAACCGCUUCAACCGCCGUACAAAACCCUUCAUGGGUAGACGAGUUCCUCGACUUUUCAGCCUGCCGCCGUGGAAACCACCGUCGUUCCAUAAGCGAUUCAAGCGCUUUCCUUGAAGCUCCAUUCGUCAGCAGAGGCCACACCAGCAUCGAAAACAACCACUUCGAUAGGUUCGACGAUGAGCAAUUCAUGUCCAUGUUCAAGGACUACGACGACUUACAUAACAACAAUAAUAAUCCUUCUCAUGACAACAACAACAACAACAAUGUGGGGCCCACUGGCUCUUCAUCUAAUACAUCAACCUUGUCUGAUCAUAACAGCUUUAACGGCGACAAAGAACCACCGUCCGAACAUAAUACGAAACAUAACGACGAGGUCCACAGCCAAUGCAAGACGGAGCCUGAAGACGGUGCGGCUUCUAAUAACAACUCAGGCGAUAGCUCCGUUAACAGAAUUAUCGAUCCCAAAAGGGUUAAGAGAAUAUUAGCCAAUCGGCAAUCAGCACAGAGAUCAAGGGUGAGGAAGCUGCAAUAUAUAACAGAGCUCGAACGUAGCGUUACUUCAUUACAGGCGGAAGUGUCAGUGUUAUCGCCAAGAGUUGCGUUCUUGGACCACCAGCGUUUGCUUCUCAACGUCGACAAUAGCGCUCUCAAGCAACGAAUCGCUGCUUUAGCCCAAGACAAAAUUUUCAAAGACGCACAUCAAGAAGCAAUGAAGAGAGAAAUAGAGAGACUUCAACAAGUGUAUCAACAACAAAGCCUCAAAAAAAUGGAGAAUGCAAAUCAUUCACCAGAGAUAGGAACCGGAGAUAAUGAGGCCGUCGACAUCGGGCUGUCUAUUGAAAAAGAAGAACUCCUCAAUGUAUGAUAAGUCAUUACAAUGCAACAUAUAUACUUUCACUUUUCUUUGCAAAAGGUUCUUGAUUCAAUAAUCGGUCAAGAAUUUUAGAAGAUGACUUUUUUAUUCUUAUCACCAUUUUUUAAAGUUGUGAUGAAUUCAGUUUGUUGUAUCUUAUCUUUUAUUUUAUGUCGUUUUUCUGUGGGGUUAAUGUAAAGAAAGUCAUCAAUUGUUGUUUGUACAAAGAAAUAGUUGAUUUGUUACGUUUUUAUUUGGAGUUUACAAGUAUUGUGUACUAAAGAUUCAUUCUGAAUAGUUUUUUCUCAUCA